AAUAUUGGUAACACCAUGGAUCUCAAAGGAUACGUUAUACUGUUGGUUGAGACCAAAGAAAACAAGAUCAAACUGUUUGGUUCCCCAGCAGACCGAGCAGAGCUGGAGGUGGGGGAUGAGAUCAUCGAAGUCAACAGCAAGAAUGUGGAGAACUGUAGCCACACAGAGGUCAUCGCAUUCAUCCACCAGUGCAUCCGAUCAAAGUCCAUCUGUCUGAGAGUAAAGCGACCCAAGAACCAGCAAAUCUCUGACAUAGAAAAGGUCCAUGAUGCAUACAUCAUUGCGGUUGAAGAUGGCACCAAGCAACACCUUGAGAGCAUACCAGCUUUACAGCGGGUCACCCCGCGGGACAUGACCAAACUCCUCAACAGCACCGACAACAGCGAGGCAGGCUCUGUGCAGUCUGAUAUUUCUGUGGAAGAUAAUACUGUAUACGUUUCAAAAAAGUCCAAUGGGCAUGCCAAGAAUGGCGAUGUGAAUGGUAGUUCUGAACUGAUCGAGAUGAACGGGGUUCUGGAGAAGGAGAGCCCAAAGAAGGGCAAGAAGUCUAAGAAGGAAACCCGCAAACAAAAGGUGGCAAGCACCUCUGAAACCCCUCUCAUUGAGGAGAUGAAUGGGUCAGACAGACUGUCCCGUAAUGGCAACACUCUCAGUCAGAACUCACUCAACCGAUCAAAGGACAAUAUAUAUGCAUAUGAUAGUGAGGAUUUUGAUCCUAGUAUGCAGAACUCAUUUGAAUUUGAGGAUUCAGGACCUCAUAGAGAAAUGGCGAUCGAUUGCCCCGACAAUUUUGUGGGAACAGUGAAAACUGCUCCACGUUACCCACCCCCCAAUCUCAACAGCUUGCCCCGAGUUCCACCAACUACCCCAAUGAAACAUGCUCUUGAUAACUCAAGUGAGAACAUUCACACAGAAGAAGUUCUAAAUGAUGCUGCUGUUGCUAUGGGCAACCAGCAGCAGCAGCCAACAAUGGAACAGUUAGAGAGGUUACGGAAACAUCAGGAAGAGCUUCGGAAACGUCGGGAGGAAGAGACACGGCACUUCCAGGAGGAAGAGUUUCUCCGAACAUCGUUACGUGGAUCCAAGAAGCUGCAAGCUCUUGAGGACAAGAAGACAGUGCCCCCUAGCGGUGUGGUCAACACAGCGUUCAUUGAUGUGGAGGACGAGGAUGUUCAAGAUGGAACUCUCGACUCGGGUGUUCCGCUCACAUCACGGGAGAGGUUCCAUGCAAAGCGAGUGGACGUGGAGGAUAUGUUCCAGUCAUUGCAGUAUGCCCGAAGUCACCUCAAUUCCAAUGAGGACCAGGGAGAUAUUACCUUUCUUAAGAACUUGUUCCUCAACACCAAGUUUCAACAUGCAGUUAACAUACACAACAAGAUUGUGGAAGUGACUUCUCAAUCCCCACAGCCACGGCCUGUGGCAAGCAAUGGCCAAAAUAGUGCUAACAAUGUGAUCAAUUCUGUGCAGCAAUCAAAAGAUCAGUUAUCGGAGGAGCUUGUCAGUAUACUUAACAAGCCACAUAUGAAGGGUGUUUUGCUUGCACACGACUCUCUAGCCCAGCGUGAACAUGAGCCAGUAACCGUCAACCAUGUCCACUCCCACCCGCACACUCUGGCCCUCGACCAUGUUGAUGUCAAUGAACCUCUUGAGUAUCCCCUUAUGCCUUAUGGCGAGGAUAGCGUGAAGAUCAUCCACUUAGAGAAGACCAACGAGCCAUUGGGGGCUACAGUAAAGAAUGAGGGAGACUCGGUGAUAAUCGGGAGGAUUGUCAAGGGCGGAGCAGCUGAGAAAAGUGGUUUGCUUCAUGAAGGAGAUGAGAUUCUGGAGGUGAAUGGCAUCGACAUGCGAGGCAAAAAUGUCAACGAUGUGUCAGAGAUGCUGGCCUACAUGACAGGGACGAUAACAUUUAUGAUCAUCCCAACUCACAACUACGCAUCACCCAAACCAGCCGCCCGACCAAAAGCAGUGCACUUACGAGCGCUCUUCAACUAUGACCCUGAGGACGAUGCGUAUAUCCCGUGUCGAGAACUGGGGCUUUCCUUCAUGAAGGGAGAUAUCCUCCAUAUUAUCAACCAGGACGAUCCCAACUGGUGGCAGGCCUACAGAGAAGGCGAGGAGGAGCACCAGUCACUAGCUGGGCUUAUACCCAGCCGGCUCUUCCAUGAACAACGUGAGACUCUGCGUCAAACUAUGCCAGGAGAUGGGAAGGACGGCAAGAAGAAGGGGCGAUCGUGUGUCUGUGGGAAGAGAGACAAGAAGAAGAAAAAAAGAAAACGAUCCUCCCUCUACACUGGGGCUGACGAGGCAGAAGAAAUCCUCUCUUAUGAAGAAAUGGUUAAAUAUUUACCUCAGCCAAACAGAAAAAGACCAAUUGCCUUAAUUGGCCCAUCAAAUGUUGGGAGGGCAGAACUCAGACAGCGUCUCAUGGAGUCCGACUUUGACAGAUUUGCUGCAGCUGUUCCUCACACAAGUCGAGUCCGCAAACCUGAAGAAAUCGAGGGCAAGGACUACCAUUUCAUCUCACGCACCAUGUUUGAGGCAGACAUCUUGGCCCAGAAGUUUAUUGAGUAUGGCGAGUUUGAAAAGAAUCUGUACGGCACAAGUCUGGAGGCUGUGAGACAAGUGAUCAACCAAGGAAAGAUCUGUGUGCUCAAUCUCCAUGCCGAUGCUGUGAAACCGCUGUACACAUCAGACCUGAAGCCUUAUGUGAUAUUCGUGUGUCCCCCAAACCUGGAGAAGCUUCGUGCAGUGCAUGUGAAACUGGGCAAACCAGCAACACCGGAUGACGAGCUGAAGGACAUCAUAGAGAAGGCUCGCGAGAUGGAGGAUGUAUAUGGCCAUUACUUCGACUACAUCCUGGUCAACCAGGACCUCAACAGGGCAUACGAUGAGCUCCUUCAAGAGAUCAACCGCCUUGAGAUCGAACCACAGUGGAUCCCAAAACCUUGGGUAGACUCUUUCAUGUGAGAUGAUCAGAGACCGGUUGGGUCUUGCUUCAGCAAUACUUCAUUCAUGGAUUACUGUGACCUGUGUACUUCAUGUGCUACCAGACUAAUGUGUGCUCAGACAUAAGAGUGCUGAAACAGAAACUAUGGGAUACUCCUAUGAUAGACGCAGGACCAUGUUAUGGAGACUACAACUACGCCAGAGUGAAAGUGUUGCUGGGAUGAUGUUAUAUGUGAUCAAGCUGUGAGAGAUCCUCACAAUCAAUAUGUACAUUGAAAUCACGAAUAUUGAUAUUAAGUAAUGUGGAGUGUGAUAGUUCUGAGUUCUUGUGACAAGAUCAGCAUUGCCUCAUAGGCAGGCCAAGCAAACAAAUCAUGAUCCUAACUGGUUCACUGAACACACUAACAAUGUGAUUGGCUCAUAAUGCCUCUAUCAAACACCUUCCAGUGUAUACUACACACAAGGACGUCGUGAUCAUCUGAUAAUGCUUCUAUCAAAUUACCUUCCUGUGUAAGGCACUGAACUGUCUGGUGCACUGGGUGAGUCCACACAACUAAGGAAGUGUCCUGUAUAUAAACAAGAAAGCCUUAUGGAACAGAUGAUGAUGAUGAUGAAUGGGUCUUUUCUACGACUGACGUUUUACUUGUGACAAGCAAUAAUCAAGACACCAGACACUAUGGUCUGAUGGAAAUAAAUAUUAAUAACAUGCUACUCGGAACAGGUGCACUGUCAAUGUGUACAUUGCUGCUCAAGGCAUCUGUUACCAUGGUUACAAUAUUUAUCAUUUUUUUUGUGACAUUUACCUUCAUUCUUGGGAGUAAUACUUCUGGGAGCAAUGUUUGACCCAUUUUUCUUAUUCCACUUCUAUUUCUGUAGUUUUCUCCACAUUCAACAUGAUACAAGUACAAGGUUGUGCCUUAUAGAGAUCUGUUACCCUGGUUACCAAAGUUUUAAUUCUGUUAUGAGAUGGUUAAAGAGAUUUAUCAUUCAGUGGCUGCGGCCAUGUUUUUCACCAUGGUUACCAUGGUGAUGUAGACAGCAUGCCUGACAAGGCUGACUCUUGAAUCUGUCUACAUCUGAAUUUACAAAUAUGAAUAUUUUACUCGAAAGAAAUGGUUUUAUUUGUUUUUGCAUACGAUUAUGGUUGAAAUAUUUUUAAUUUCUUUAAAAGCUACUGAGUUUAAAAGUGUUCAAAGGAUGUGCAGUCAUUGGUCACAAGUAAGUUAACGAAAUUUCAUUCUAGUUAGGGUUCACAGCAAAUCUUCAUUACUUUACUUCAUACAGUAUUUUAAAUUGGAAUACAAUGCUAUUGUAUGAAUUAAUGUAAAUAAUUUUAUUAGUUCUCUGAAUGUCACAGAAGUGACACUAAAAUACAUUACUUGGCAACAUUUUUUGACAGAUUCAUUAUG